AGAGAGAUCGCUGUUUGGGCAGAGUACGGAAGAAAAAGUAUUGUCAGUUUAUUUAGUUAGGCAAUAACUAAAUAAAUAUAUUAAAUAAAUAUAUUAAACAAAUAUAUUGAGUUGGGGUGAGAUUAUAAGGUUGUGAACCCUGUGUAAAGCGCUGGGUAGACUGGCUGAUCUGAAACGGGCCAGUUUUGGCUGACUGCGCAGUCCCGGACAGACGAGAUCCCGAUAGCGCUUUGUGUUACCGGGGACACACAAAGUUCAUCGGGCUUCGUUGGAUUUCCUGUAUCGUGGAGGACGCUUGGUGGACAAUCCUGCCAGAGCCAGCUUGAAACCCAGUGGAGAAAGCAAACUGAGAGAUCUGUUGCCUGGACCAACACCCAACACUGGGAAGCCUGGAACCUGUGGGACGAGGUGAUCGACUGGGGAGAUAAGGAAGAGGAAUGCUCACCAGCGACACCCUCCACUGUCCAGGUUGGGGGGGAUAAGGAGGGAUUGGAAGGGAUUAAUGGGGAAAAGGUGGAGGUAGCAGAGAGGGGGAAAUUUGAAGGGAAGGCCUCUGAUGUUGAGAUGGGGUGGACAGAGGCUGAUAUGAGUGUAAUGACUGUACUAAAUGGAGGUGAGGAGAAUGGAUGUGAGGUGGGAGUGAAUGUGGAGGAGGUUAAGGGAGAAGGAGAGAAUAGGACAGGGAAUGUUUUAGGAUGUAUAGUGUCACAAGGAGGCAGAAUAUUGCUGGAAAUCAUCGAAGAAGAAGGACCCGAGGAAGAGGAAGAUACAGAUCUGGCAUUUCAGGAGGCUCAAGAUGCUGAUGUUGCCACAGCAGAGAGAUGGCAAUACAUGGCGGCAUAUAUAGCCAGGACGUGGCUAGAGACUUCCCAGGGAGAAGAGGCUGAGGAAGACGAAGAAAAUGAUGUGGCCUUUCAGGAGGCCGAAGAUGCUGAUGUGGUCAGACUGCAAGUUAUGGUGGCACAUGGAGAGAGAUCAUGGCUAGAGACCAUCCCAGAAGAAGGAGCUGAGGAAGAGGAAGACACCAAAGGGAUGAUGGUAGAUGAAAUAAAAGAAGAUGCUGUCGAGAAGACCACCGGAGAAGAACUAUCAUUCAACGUGAAUGCUGAAGAUCAGUCAGGAGAUGGUACUGAGAAGAGCCAGAAGAAGAAGAAGAAAAAGAAGAAGAUGAAAUGUGCCUUUUUCUGCUGUCCCUUUUCUUUUUGGAAGAAGUAGCAACAGGGAGUAUUGAAAAGGCUAAGAAUGAAUUCAGUAUUUUGUACAAUUCAGCUGUACAGCUUUAACUGGUUCUGCAGUCUUUUUCUCCCCACACCUUCUGCUUGUUCCCUUCUUCUCUUUCUAUCUUCACUCCAGGAGAGCUCCUCAGAUAUCUCCAGCCUGCAGUUCCUGGGAAAAUCCACCUACCACACUUUGGAGCAGCAGCCCAUUCUCAGGAUCUCAUACAAUCAAUCAGUCAGACUUUAUUUAUAUAGCACUUUUCCCACAAACACAAUGCAACACAAAGUGCUUUACAUAAUAAAAAACAACAUCAACCCACCCCUACUGCCACCCUCACCCAAACUAUGUAAAAUAAAGGUACAAAAUAAAUGAAAGACAAUUAUAAAUAAAUAAGUAAAUUAACAAAUAAAUAGAUAAGUAAAUAAGAAAAGAAUAGACACAACAAUAAAAACAGGAAGUGAGGAAACAUUAACAUGAAUCUCAGAAAUUUGCAUGAGGAAACGCUAGAGGCAGGUUUAAAUAUAACGAGUAAAAUUUUGAAUGGUGAGUUAAUAAAAAGGAAAAGAUAAAGUUAUGGUGUAUAAGUAAAUAUAAAGAUAAUAUAAAGUACAAGCAACUACAAAAUAAAAGUAUAAAUGGGAUGUAAAAGGAGGAUAAAAUAGAGACAGAACAUUAGGGAUAGAAUAAUAAAAUGGAGAUAAACAGAGAUGAGAUGUUCUGGGAGGAAAAUAAAUUAAAGAUAAUAAAAGAAAGAUGAUUGAAAGUAUAAAGUAAAAUGAAAGAGGAUAUACCAAGUAAUAAGAUGGACAAAUACAUAAGUACACAAAUAAGUAAUAAAUACAUUCACAUAUAUAGAUAAGCAGUCAGAUAAAUAAAGUUUGGGUAAACGAAUAGAACUCAAAUAAAAGCCGGAUUAAAAUGGAAUGUCUUGAUUCUGCUUUUAAAAACGUGACCAUUCUCUGAUGCCCUCAGGUCCUCAGGGUGGCUGGUCCACAGACCUGGGCCACAGUAGCAAAAGGAUGCUUCACCGUGGGCUUUUGUUUGGACUUCAGGGAUAAUUAAAAGACUGCUACCUGAAGACCCGAGACUUCUAGGGGGCUCAUAGGAUAAAAGCAAAUCUGAUAAAUAGGUAGGUCCAAGACCAUUAACAGCAUUGUAAACCAGGAAAAGAUUCUUGAAAUCACCAUUCAUCAAACAUUCACAACACCUGCCGACAUCUGGAAGAAAGGAAAAACUUUCUGUAAAUAAACUUGCACAAUAAAUUUUCUUUUUAUUACAA